AUGUCCCCGCCGUCGUCGCCAAAGGAGGACGGCAAACCGCCCCCACGGUCCAAGCUUGCGUGCAAGACGUGCCGUGCCAUCAAGGUGAGAUUCCGUCCUGCUUAUCAACAUCGUCUCGGUCUUGGUCUCGACCCGCCCGUUAUCAAGCGGAAAGGACGGCCGCCGGGGAGUAAGCAACAGCGUGAAGCCGCCGCUGCAGCUGCUGCGGCCGCCGCUGAGCGGGGAGAGAACAAGCCACCCCGCAUCGAGCCGUCACCUCCCAGCAGACCCGGAUCGCACCACUCCAAUCCGCAAGAGCACCACUCUCAUUCACACCACUCGUCGCAUCAUCACUCGUCUAACCACCACUCGCACAAGGGACCCAGCCAUGCGCACGCUCACGGCGGACCGGGUCAGCCGCAUGCGUCGAGCAACGACCCCUCGACCUUCCCUUUCCUCCGCCCGUAUGCGCCUCCGUCCAGCGCCAGUUCGCAGGUCUCUCCGCCAGGCUACGGUAACCCCGGCAUCUCACCGCCGGUUGCUGUUGCAGGCGAAGCCCCACCAAGGCGUAACCACCAUCUGUCUAUGGCCGAGCACCUCGACCCGGGUAGUGACCGGGAAGUGAUUGCUGCUGCGCCGUUCUUCAACAAUGCGCCUACGGGAAGGAAGCGUUCUCCCGCCGCGGACGACGACAAGAUCAACGAGGAGCACGAUCCGGUGUCCCUCCGUGCGCUGUCAGAGGUGGAGGCGACGUCGCUGGUGUCGCUCUUCCACCAGCGGCUGAACCCCCUAGUCGCUGUGCUCGACGAAAACCUCCACACCAUGGCAUACCUCCGCCGAACGAGCAGUGUGCUCUUCUCGACGGUAUUGGCCAGCGCUUCGCGCUUCUUCCGACACGACCUGCACCCCGCUCUCCUGUCGCACGCUCGAACACUACUGGAUCGCGCGCUCCAGCUCGGCAGCACCGACAUCGGCGUGAUCCAGUCGCUCAUGCUGCAAACGUACUGGAAAGAUCCCGAGGACACGUCGGGCUGGAUGAAGGUCGGCAUCGCGAUCCGCCUCGGCUACUCUCUGUUCUGGCACAUACCCCGCGCAGACCCGUUGCCCGAAGACGAGCGCGCCGCUCGCGAGCUGCUGAACGCGGAGAGGACGUGGUUCACGCUCUUCUCCUUCGAUCGGGGGCAGAGCUACAUUCACGGCCUGCCAGCUCUGAUUCGGCUGAACCACCACGGCGACCCCGAGGUCUGGGCGCGCGACCACCUGUACCUCGGCCGGAGCGUCGACAUGCACAUCGCAGCGAGCAUUCAGCUGUGUAAGCUGAAGGAUGAGUGGGGUGCGUUGUGUGAGCGGGCACCUGAGCCUGCGCUGCUGGAAGUCGCCAUCGACACAUUGACGACGCAAGCGGAGAACCUGGUCGCGAAGUGGUUCAACCGCGACAAUCCCCCGCCGCAGUUCGAGCAGGACAUUGAGGGCGUGCUGCUCUGGAGUAUCCUCGACUUUGUCCUCGUCAUGAAGCGGUAUCGAUACGAGAUGGCGCGGGGACCCCGCGAUCCACUCAGAUUGGAUCAAUGCCUGCACGUCGUUUCAAGGAUAACCGCCGAGAUCGAGGCGCUGAGCGCUAACGGCCUGCUCAUCAUCAUGCAGGACAGCGCAAGCUGCAUGACCUCGUCUCUCAUCGUUUUCAUCCGCAACAGCUACCGGAGCGCAACAAGGGCUCAGAAGAGCUUCAUGCUGACGACGCUCCACCGGAUCUUCCUAGCGCACACGAGUCUGCUUCUGGAGGAAGAUUCGAAGACGGCACCAGGCUAUGUGGUACGGUUCAUCCGGCGCGUCCUCAGUGCACUCUCUACGGAAAGUCGACAGGGCUCCCCAGGCCCAGUGCCAGCGCCUUACGUCUCCAGCGGCGACGUGGGCAGCGCAGAAGCCCAAGGCGGCCCAGCAACAGGCGGCAGCGGCAGCGGAGGUCCAGGGAAUGGCGGCGUGUUCGACUUCUUCGCAGAACUGGGACUCGAGGAGUUCAUCCACGUGCCCGAAUUUGUGGCCCAGAACGAAGCCGAUGAUGGCCGGUAUUGGGCUAAUAUGCUGCUGAGCGAGGUCGUGCCGCCUGCCCCGGAGGUGUAG